AUGACCUCUUGCAAUGGCCGACCGGACUCAGAAUACUGGUGUUGUGGCGUAAAUAAUCCGACCUGCUGCGAUACCAGCGAUGCAAUCCCCAUUGCUGCCGUGCUCGGUGAUACACGACCACCCAGAAUUAGCUCUGGUCUCUCGAAUGGAGCAAAGGCAGGAAUCGGCGUGGGUGUCAUCGUGGGCGUUACCGCCAUUAUAGCAGUCGGAGUUGCGUUUUGGUACAUACGGCGAAGACGACGGAGGAAUGCCGCUGUUGCUGUUGCUGCUGCUGCUAAUGGCAAUGCUAAUACUAACGCCGAGAUGGCGGGGGUGGGAGCAGCAGCAGAGGUAUCAGCGCCUCCAUAUCAGGCGCAAGCUACAAUGCAAUCACCCCAGGAGUUGGAGGUGAAUGACGUUGGAAAUAGGGUUGAGAAGCCGGCUGGGACGAGGGACGUGAGGCAUGAGUUGCCUGGGGAAUCGGCGGGUGGUGGACACAGUGCGCAUUGA